AUGGAGCUGUUUCAAGCUAAAGAUCACUAUAUUCUCCAGAGCGGAGAUAACGCGCUGUGGUGCAGCAGGAAGGAUGGAUCUAUGGCCGUGAGACCAGCAACAGACCUGCUGCUAGCAUGGAACCCUGUCUGUCUGGGCUUUGUAGAAGGUAUUAUUGGAAAAAUACAGCUUCAUGCCGAGAAACCCUUGCUGAUGUCUCUCUGCAAAAAGCAUCAUUUUGGAAUCGACAAACCAGAGAAAAUCACCCAGUCACCGGAUGAGUCCAAGUUCCUGUUGAAGACCCUGAGUCAGAUCAAAUCUAAUGUUGCCGUUCCCAUCAAGAAAAAGUAUUCCCCUGCCUUUCAGGUCAAAGAGAAUAAAGAGAAGGAACGUCUGGAGAGGCGGCUGCUUGAUGAGCUCUAUAAGAUCUUCAUGGACUCGGAUUCAUUUUACUAUAGUCUAACCUAUGACCUCACCAAUACAGUUCAGCGACAGGGAGCAUUAGGCAAGUCAGAUCAGCCCUUGUGGAAAAAGGUGGAUGAUAGAUUCUUCUGGAACAAGCACAUGAUCAAAGACCUCAUUGACUUGCAGGUGCCUCAAGUGGACUUUUGGGUGAUUCCUAUCAUCCAAGGUUUCGUGCAAGUGGAGGAGCUGGUGGUGAACUAUAACGAGAGCUCUGAUGAAGAGAGGAGCAGCCCGGAGACACCUCUGCAGGAAGGCACUUGUGUGGAUGAUAUUCACCCACGCUUCACUGUGGCCCUCAUCUCCAGACGAAGCCGUCACCGUGCAGGAAUGCGCUACAAGCGGAGGGGGGUGGAUACUGAUGGACAUGUGGCCAACUAUGUGGAGACGGAGCAGCUAAUCCACGUGCACAGUCACACGCUGUCCUUUGUACAAACGCGAGGCUCUGUCCCUGUUUUUUGGAGCCAAGCUGGGUAUCGCUACAACCCCAGACCUCGGAUAGAGAAAGGCGAGAGGGAAACUAUGCCUUAUUUUGCUUCUCACUUUGAACAGCAAGUUCAGAUUUACAAAAAACUGGUGAUCAUUAAUUUGGUGGACCAAAAUGGACGCGAAAAGAUGAUUGGUGAUGCUUACCUCAAACAAGUGCUGCUGUACAAUAAUCCCAACCUAACAUAUGUUUCAUUUGACUUCCACGAGCACUGUCGAGGAAUGAAGUUUGAGAAUGUGCAGACUCUCACUGAUGCCAUCUCUGACAUGAUCACAGACACGAGAUGGGCCUGGGUGGACCAAGCAGGAGUCAUCUGUCAACAGGAAGGCAUCUUCAGGGUUAACUGCAUGGAUUGCUUAGACAGAACUAAUGUGGUACAGGCAGCUAUCGCCCGCGUGGUCAUGGAACAGCAGCUGAAAAAACUUGGUGUAAUGCCACCCGAGCAGCCACUGCCCCUCAAGUGUUACAGGAUCUAUCAGGUGAUGUGGGCCAACAAUGGAGAUACCAUUAGCCGUCAGUAUGCUGGCACAGCUGCCCUAAAGGGUGAUUUCACACGAACAGGAGAGCGAAAGUUAGCGGGGGUGAUGAAAGAUGGUGUGAACUCAGCUAAUCGUUACUAUCUGAACCGCUUCAGAGACGCCUACCGACAGGCCGUCAUUGACCUUAUGAUGGGCCUUCCAGUAACAGAAGACCUGUACUCCAUCUUCAGCAAAGAGAAGGAGCAUGAGGAGAAAGAGAAGGAGAGCCAAAGAGGAGCUCAGGAGCAGGUCAGCCUCCUGCUGCAGACAUAUAUGCAGCUUCUGCUGCCUGAUGAUGAGAAGUUUCAUGGUGGAUGGGCACUUAUCGACUGUGAUCCAAGUCUUAUAGAUGCCACUCACAAAGAUGUUGACGUUCUUUUGCUGUUGUCCAACUGUGCUUAUUAUGUAGCCUAUUAUGAUGAGGAGGCGGACAAAGUCAACCAGUACCAGAGACUAAGUUUAGAAGGACUUGAAAAGAUCGAAAUUGGUCCAGAACCGACUCUUUUCGGAAAGCCUAAAUACUGCUGCAUGCGGCUGCACUAUAAGAACGGGGAGAUGAGCGGUUACUUCCAUACGCUGAGGGCUGUCACACGAAAUCCAGAAGAUGAUGGAAAAGACACACUUCAGUGCAUUGCGGAAAUGCUUCGUAUUACAAAGCAAGCUAUGGGGCUUGACGUCCAGGUUAUUGAGAAGAAACUAGAGAGGAGACACAGCAAACCACAUGAGGAUAUAAUGGGAAUACAAGGGAAAGCCGUGGACCAAGUUCUUGGGUCUGGUUUGGCUCAAGGCAAAAGUUUCCUUUUGAACAAGUUUUCAACACUAAACCAGAAAGUAAAGCAGACAAAGACUAACGUCAACAUUGGAAACUUCAAGCCCUUGGGGAAACUAGGGACCUUCUCAAAGCCUGAGGUAAAAGUGAACUUCCUCAAGCCAAAUUUGCAUAUGAACCUCUGGAAAUCAGACAGCAGUUUAGAGACUCAUGAUGGCAAUACGGGUUCAGCAGCCCUGAAAGACCUUAACGACGAACAUUCUUCGGAGAUUUCCUCUGAUUCUGAAUCAUACAACUCUGACGAGCAGCGCUGCUCAGGCUCUCGGGAAAACGUAGACUACGUGCUUCCUCGCCUCCAGUUCUUUUGGGCUCUGUUGAUGCAGUCAUGCAACUAA